AUGGAAGGCAAUGACUCCCAAGUCCAUGUCAUCCCUGAAGUUAAUGCAACUGGGAGCCUUCGGAUUUACCUAGUAUGGUUCUCAGUGAUCAAGUCAGAUGAUCAAGAAUGGUUUUUCUUUAGUCCCCGAGAUUUCAAGAACUCCAACAGUAACAGAACGAACAGGGCUACCAAAUCCGGGUACUGGAAAGUCACAGGUAAAGAUAGGAAGAUCAAAGCUAAAGGCACCAACAAUGUGAUUGGUACAAAGAAGACUCUAGUGUUCCAUAGAGGUCGUGUUCGUGAUGGGGUUAGGACCAGCUGGGUUAUGCACGAGUAUCAACCAACAGUAACUCUUCCUCACCAGGUUGGUGGUGUUCAUGUUAAUGCUCUUAAUUUGAAAGCCUUUGUCCUCUGUCGCUUAAAGAGAAAAAUGGAUGAGAAAACUAAAGUGACAACCUGCGAUGAAGGUGAAGAAAGCAGCUAUAUUGCUUCUGAUUUUGAAAAUCCAGUGUCAGAGGUUACAAAUCCAGAGAAGAAGAAUUGGAACCUACAGCUGCUGCAGCAGCCGCAGAAUUAUGAUGCCUCUUCCUCACAGCUUCCAUUUUGCAAUCAGCAGGAACCCUCUUUCAUGGAUUCCACAUUUACCAAUGGCCAUAGCGAAGUGCAAUUUCAGUUUGAUCAUAAUGAACAUGAAGAGGAUCAAACAAAGUUUGUCCAUUCACUUUUUGUUGACCAGGAUGAGUACUCCUCUGAAGAAAUACUGCACUUCAGUGACACAGACACUGACACAGCCCAAGCACGGUGUGACCACUUUCUGGGAAUUUCAACAUUGUUUAAUGAACAUAUUGCUCCUAAAGAAUACAGACAAUUGUCUAUGGUUCAAAGUGGAACUGUUCCUCUUCUAAUCAUGGCCAAUACAGAGAAGAAUCAAAUGGUUUCCUUCAUGAUGAUUUCUUGGGACUUUAUGCUCCCUCUGUUAGUCCGGCGGCAGAUGUACCUAUAUUCAUAUGUUGCAUUACAAGAGUUAGUCCAGAAUCUAGUCUAG